ACGUGUGAAAACUGGAGGAAAUGGCGCUGGAUGUGUUGCAGUGGGUUGUCAUUGGCUUCCUGUUGAUACUUCCUAUUCUGUACGAGCUGAACAGCACGUUCAAGUAUUAUGCCAAGUUUUUCUUCUACUAUGUCAUUGUCAAUCUUUUGGCUUUCAUGGUUAUUUUCCUGAGUCUUCCACGGGCGAAGGAUGUCACGAAUUAUGGAUACGUCAGCUCGGCCAUCAAGAGCAUCAGGAAGUUGUUUGGAAUUGAGAUCGAAAUCCGUGGGAAAGAAAAUCUUGAGUCAAAUAAACCAUACAUCCUGGUGUCCAACCAUCAGAGCUCUCUCGACUUCUUUGGUAUGAUGGAGAUUUGGCCAUUACGUUGCACCAGCUUGGCCAAGAAAGAACUGAUGUACACUGGGCCAUUUGGCCUGGCAGCAUGGCUGUGUGGGACAGUGUUCAUUGACCGUUUGAACCAUGACCGGGCCGUCAGCACGAUAAAGGAAACUGCCGACUUCAUCAACAAGAACAAUGUGAAGGUGUUCAUUUUCCCUGAGGGCACCCGUAACCAUUCAGGCUCCAUUUUACCCUUCAAGAAGGGCGCCUUCUACCUGGCUGUGCAGGCCCAGGUUCCGGUUGUACCAGUUGUCUUCUCCUCCUACUCGGACUUCUACAGCAAACGUGACAAGAGAUUUGAAACGGGUAAAUUCAUCAUCACAUGCCUCCCCCCGGUGAAUACAGUGGGCAGGAAGGACGCGGAUGUUGCGGUGCUCACCGAGGACGUCAGGCAACAGAUGCUGGACGCCUUCAAUCAAACAUCGUUAGAGUCCCGUCAACCCAGAGUUACCACCACAGUCAAGUAGCAGCUGCAGCAGUCGAUCUUCAAGUCUCAGAUGGAUAAUUGGUUUUAGAAUUCAUUUUACAAAACUGAAACUUUCUUGAUUGGAAGAAUUAGAACAAUUUGUGUGCUUUCAACUUGUCAUUGAGCAUGUUUGUGCUCUCUUUUAUGCUUCAGCUUUUUCUCUGCUGGAUAUGUAUAUGCUGUUUUUAUGACUGGCUCCACUCUUGGAGCAAAUCCAUAUUUACACAUGAUAGAAUGGUGUUAUUUGUGUCAUUGAUCUGACGUGAAAUUGUUUUCUUCAUUAGAUUAUUAAUAUACUAGUGACACUUUGCUAAGGAUCAAAUCAUGGAUUCAACAGAAAACAAU